UAGUAUUUUCUCUGCAAAACUAGCAAAUUUCCUCAACAAAUUAAUUAAUGCCAUAAUUAGUUAAAAUACAUAUAUUUCUCUUUACACACACCAUCAAAUUGUGUAAACAUAUAUAUAUUUCUAAAAUAAAUUUAAAUAUAUCUAGAUGAUUUUCGUUGGUAUCGAGUGAACGCCACUAUCGGUGCUACGGUAUUGCGUUUGGAGCGUAGGCAAAAUGAAAUAGACCAGAACACCAACACCUAACGAAAGACACGGUGACGUCAUGCCGACCGGAACCAUUGGCAUACUGGGCGGCGGUCUGGGUGGCCUGAGCGCCGCUUACUAUCUGAAACGGGACAAACCCGACCAACCGGUUUCGUUGGUCGAUUCCAACGACUACGCCGGCGGUUGGAUACGGUCUUGGGCGGACAAAGACUCCGGCGUCGUCACCGAGUUGGGUCCGCGGACGAUCAGAGGCCGCGGCGAAACGGCCAACAACACGUUCGGGCUCAUCAAGGAGUUGGACAUCGACGACUUGGUGCGCACCGUCGGGCCGGACGCCAGCGCCAGGUACAUCUACGCCAAGGGCGACACGCAUGUACUGCCGAGCGGUGCGCUGCGGGCCCUGUUUGCGGUCAACACGCCGUUCACCCGGCCGUUGGGUUACUACGUUUUGCGCGAGUGCUUUCUGACCAACGGUGGCGCCGAAGUCUGUGCGGACGACGACCACGAGGAGGAGAGCGCUUAUGAUUUCUUCCACCGGCGGUUCGGCCCAGAGAUGGCCGACUAUUUGAUUUCGCCGUUGAUGUGCGGCAUUUGCGGCGGUGACGCCAAGACGAUAAGCGUCAAGUUCAUGUUCCGGCACUUGUACGAAGCGGAACGCAAACACGGGUCGGUGGCCGUGGGAUUGUUGAAAGAAACUUUGGCCGGCCGCAAAAAGCGCGGUAAAGACGUGGACGGACAGUCGGGGUUGACGGCGGCGCAACCACCGCCUGUGUACUACCUGGACGGUGGACUACAGCGGUUGACGCGCAUCCUGCACUUGCGAGCCGAAAGCCUAGGCGCAUCAGUACAGCUAAACACCGAGUGCGUGGAACUGCACUUGUGCAACAAGGGCGGCGGCGCUACUGCCGUGCUGAGCAACGGCAAGACGCUGGAAUGCGAGCACGUAGUGAGCACGAUACCGGCGCGCCGGUUAGCCGAGGUUUUGGUCGGCCACGACGGGUUGGCUAAACUGUUGAGUUCCGUGCCCACCGCUACCAUUGCCACGACCAACCUGUCAUAUGACGACCCGGACGCCCUGGCGCCGUACAAGGGAUUCGGCGUGCUGGCCGCUCCUAGCGAAGGCCUGUCGCUGUUGGGCAUCACGUUUGACAAUUGCGUGUACGGCCGCCGGGACCGUGUAGACCUGACCGUCAUGAUGGGCGGACACGCGUUCGACAAACAUUUCGGCGGCGACCCGGCACUGACGUCCGAAGAAAGCCUUACGGUAACCGCCGUGGACCAUGUACGCCGGGUGCUGGGCGUCCGCGCCUUGCCCGACAGGUACGGUUCCCGCGUGCUGUACGACUGCAUACCGCAGUACACCGUCGGCCACUAUGGCCGGGUGACGCAAAUGAAGGAUUACAUAUUCCAAAAUCGGCUACCCCUGACAUUGGCAGGCUCAUCGUACGCCGGUGUCAGCAUCAAUGAUGUCAUAUUUGCAUCGCUGAAGGCGGCCAAAAGAUUGCUCCGAAAAUCUUGACCAGCCUUAAAUGUGAUAUUCCAAAAUAGUAGUAACAGUAUUUUCGGUUCUAAUAAAUAUGUUAUUAUAAUUAUACAAUCAAACAACGGUAUUUUUGUUGCAACAUA